AUGUCAAUAGAAGCGCGAGGAAUGAUGUUUAAGGGGAGACAACAGGCGCGCAAAGAAAGAUCCACUAUCUCUUCGAGUCUACGUACCCAGUCCCAUCAAAGUUCUGUCUCGCCUAGGGCUGGUAACUACCCUCUUUUGUAUGCGCAUCUUCAGCGCGAAGCAAAGCGCGUACGCCUCGCAAGAAUCAUUCAGAACGAUUUUCAUGAUCAUGUUGUUUGCGGCAUACAUCUUUGCAACUUUUACGCAUUGAUUUCUGCGCGAGGACUGGGCCAAGCGGGUCAUUGGCGCUUAGAAACUGAUGAACACAAACUCAAGUGCGAAUCGGGCGGAUCAGGUACAAGGAUCGAGAUUCCCGGAUCGCUUGCGGAGGAGGAGGGCUCUCGAGACGCCUUGAUGAGGAAUCUCUGCGUUUGGCUAUACGACAAUGGCUUUACGGAGAUAUGA